GUGCGACCUGCGGCGUCAUGACGUCACGAGCCAGUCAAUUUGAAGCGUCGCUGCUGUCUCCUGAAGAAAACCCGUUUAUAACUUUAUUUAACCCAGCGGCUGCCCUCUGAUGCACCGGAACAGCACACCGGAGGCUCCCGCUGAUGCUUAACGAUGGCCACGCCGAGCAAGACCCCACCGGGCGCCGACCCCAAGCAGUUGGAGCGGACCGGGACAGUGCGAGAGAUCGGGUCCCAGGCGGUGUGGUCCCUGUCCUCCUGUAAACCCGGGUUCGGAGUGGACCAGCUGAGAGACGACAACCUGGAGACGUACUGGCAGUCCGACGGGUCUCAGCCUCACCUGGUCAACAUCCAGUUCAGGAGGAGGACGACGGUGAAGAUGCUCUGCAUCUACGCUGAUUACAAGUCAGACGAGAGCUACACGCCCAGUAAGAUCUCGGUCCGGGUCGGAAACAACUUCCACAAUCUUCAGGAGGUCCGGCAGCUGGAGAUGGUGGAGCCCAGCGGAUGGAUCCACAUCUCACUCAUGAACCAGCGGACGAACGAGCCCAUCAGCACCUUCAUGAUCCAGAUCGCGGUUCUGGCCAACCACCAGAACGGCAGGGACACGCACAUGCGGCAGAUCAAGGUCUACACGCCGGUGGAGGAGAGCUCCAUCGGGAAGUUCCCCCGCUGCACAACCGUGGACUUCAUGAUGUACCGCACCAUCAGGUGAUCGGGACGAGGAGGAGGAGGAUCUGUUUGAACGGGACAUUCACUCCUGGCAGGUUUUUUAUGUUUAAAGAAGAAUAAAUAAAGUCUUAGCAACAUGUUUCCUCAAAGACUGGUGGAAAUCAAAGUUUCUGCUCUGAUUUUCUUCUCACUGUGGUUUUGUUAAAUGAUGUUGAAUUAAAUGUUUUGAGACCACAGUGUGACUGCUGAUGUCUGAUUUUCUUUCAUCUCUGGUGAUAAAUUAGUGCAGUUCAGAGUUUCGACCACUGGAGGGAGCCAGAGGAAGCCGAGUUGAGCAGGUACUGAUCACUUCCAAAGUAAAAGGAGUUAAAUGAAUCCUCAGUUUAAGAUUCAGGUUUCUGAAAAGUUAAUUUAAAAAAGAAACCUCAAGGUUCUAAUCUGGAUGAGCAAUAGAAGAGAAAUGAUCUAGAAUCCGAACAAAACUGAACAUUUUAUGUAUUUACAUGGCAACAUUCUGGAAACACUGGAUACAUAUCUGAGUU